GUUAUUAUACGGAACCGGAAGUUUAAGCGGAAGUGUACUGAUCCUCUCGGCGUGUGUGUAGUGAGGAGGAAUCUUCAUCACAGUUUAUUUAUUUUCUGCAGUUUAAGUCGUCGAUUGUGUGGAAAAAUGUCCGACAACGAAGACAAUUUUGAUGAUGGAGAUUUUGAUGAUGUGGAGGAGGACGAGGGUCUGGAUGACCUGGAGAACGUGGAGGAUGAGGACCAGGAAAACGUACAGAUCCUCCCUGCAGGAGAAGGACAGCAGGCCAAUCAGAAGCGAAUCACUACACCGUACAUGACCAAAUACGAGAGAGCCAGAGUGCUGGGUACCAGAGCACUACAGAUUGCGAUGUGUGCACCAGUGAUGGUGGAGUUGGAGGGAGAGACGGACCCUCUACAGAUCGCCAUGAAGGAGCUCAAAGGCAGAAAAAUCCCCAUCAUCAUCCGGAGGUAUCUGCCUGACGGGAGCUAUGAGGACUGGGGCUGUGACGAGCUCAUCAUCACUGACUAACACACACACACACACACACACACACACACACACUUCUACAGUCUUCAGUGUUUCUCUGACUGGAAAUGAAACACAAUCAGUGAAUCUGUAAACAGUGAUUAAAACUAAAACACACACACGUAAACUUCAUCAUCAUGGGGCUCUGGUUUAAACCAAACACACACCCAUCAGUACACACACACACACACCCAUCAGUACACACACACACACACCCAUCAGUACACACACACACACACCCAUCAGUACACACACACACACACCCAUCAGUACACACACACACACACACACUUAAACACACACCCAUCAGUACACACACACACAAACACUUAAACACACACCUAUCAGUGCCUGCGCGCGCACACCCACACACACACACCCUCCUGUACAAUGGGCUCAGUGUGAGUGUGUGUGCAGUGACUCUCUCUCUCCACUAGAGGGAGUAAAGACUCGUUUUUGUUGUUUAGUGAGUUUUAGUUGUUUUUAUUAAAAGUUACACAAUAAAUGUUUUUGUAGAAAUCA